AGUGGAAAACGUUUAACCAACGAUUCAUUGAUAAUGAUUUAUUAUCAUGAUUCUACAAUUGCUGUUACCGAAUUGGGACCCCAAAAACUUUUGCUGGGUUGUGAACUAAUUGAAAUUUACAAUGACGAGGAGGGCAAAAUGUUGCUACGUAAUCUCUCCAAAUACAAUCGCCCUUUGGAAAUUAAAUUCAAUGAAAUGCUUAAAUUAAUGAAUCAAUGUGAACGUGUUGAUAAACUUACUUAUGCUGCUCGUAAUACUGGCAAAUCUUCAGAUACGGCGGUCGCCACCUCUAAUUCCCAGAAUAAUGUGGCUUUAAAUUUAGCCGCUAAUAUAUUUCCCAAGAGUCCCUUGUCGAUAUUGAGUGGUAUUAUACCAGGCACUAAAUGGUGUGGAACAGGAGAUAUUGCCGAAACUUAUAGCGAUUUGGGUACCGAAACUAAUAUGGAUCGUUGCUGCCGUCAACAUGAUUUAUGUCCAGUCAAAAUUAGGGCCUAUCAAAAUAAAUACGAUUUAAGCAAUGAUUCAUUAUAUACAAAAUCCCACUGUAUCUGCGAUGACAUGCUAUUCUCCUGCUUGAAACAGACCAAUACUUCGGCUUCUCAGCUAAUGGGUUCGAUUUAUUUCAAUCUGGUGCAAGUGCCAUGUCUGGCAGGCGAAAAUAAUCGUUAUCAAUUUAGAGCGGCUAAAGAAGGUUUUUGAGAAGUGCAUGGAAAUAAGUCUCUACGCCUUUAAUUGUAUAUAAAAUUAAUAUUUUUUUUUAAAUAGACUUAAUUUAAUCCUACAAUUAUAAGUAUAUAAUUUAACAAGUUAUUUUUUUACGAAUGUUAAAUAAUCGUGGGUUUUGAAAAACUGCUGAGUGCUCUGUUUUUAGUUUCUUUUUGUAUUUUAUUAAAAAAAAUUAAGAAUUUAUGUUAAAAUGUUUAACAAAUAAAAUAAAUUAUUAUUUAUUACUUAAAUAAACAAAAUCGAUAGAAAAUAUGAAAAA